UUUCAGUACUUCACAUAGUGGGUAUAUGGUCUGAGGUUCCAAUUUUUCCCACCGCAUUUUAAUGUUCGUGAUAUUGACAAUUUGACAUCUGUCAGCCAAGAGUAAAUAAACAAAAAUGUAAAUACCUCCAUCAAAAUCCAUUGUGAUUGUUCCAAAAAAUACGACGAUACAAGAAAUUAUGUUAAUCAGCAUUAAACAAUUCUAUGUUAAUAAGAUAACGUUGUCGUGUUCAUAAUGACGAUGUACAGUAAGUUUAUGAACUCCGAGACGAACAACAACACGAUGUGGCUAUUUACCGAUCUUAUUCCACCCAUGAACAUCCCCAUUAUCAUAACGGGGAUUGUUAUGUGCUGCGUAGGUCUUUUUUUAAUUAAGAAGCUCAGCGUCGACUCAAAAAUUCCAGUCAGGGAUUCCUCAAAAACUCACAACUGGAGCACCAUUAAAUUAGCUUCAAAACCAUGGUAUUGUUCAAUAUGUGAUAUGUUUCUUAUUACUGGAAUUGGUGUGUUCUGUGAUUGUUGUGGGGUAUGUGCUUGUUCUGAAGAUGUUAAGAAGGCUAAUCAAAAAUUUCCUUGCAAAAUGGUCACUAGCACAAAUGAUACACAGUUGCACCACUGGGUAAAAGGUAAUUUGCCGCUGGGUAGCCAUUGCUAUAUAUGUGAGGAAGAGUGUUGUGUUGAGCCAGGACUGAAUGACUAUCAGUGUUGCUGGUGUCAGAGAACAGUCCAUACUGAGUGUCUUGACAAAAUGGGACAAGUCUGUGACUUUGGUGCUUUUAAAAAUAUGAUUGUGCCCCCUUAUUGUGUCCAAGUGGCCAGAAGAAAGGGUGCUCUUCAUAAGCACUUAUUAUUGAGAGCUGUGAGGGAUCCUGGUUGGGAAAAUUGGACUCCAUUAAUUGUUAUAGGAAAUAAGAAGUCCGGAAACAGUGAUGGUGCAACAGUGUUGUCUGAGUUCAGAAAAUACUUGAAUCCAGUUCAGGUAAUUGAUUUAAGUGAGAGAAAACCUCCAGCUGCUUUACAAUGGUGUGUUCUUCUGGCACCAAGACCAGUAAAGUUUCUUGUGGCUGGUGGAGAUGGAACAAUUGCUUGGGUUUUGACUUCUUCACAUAAAAUGGAUUUGGAUCCUGAACCAGAAAUUGCUAUCAUGCCCUUAGGUACAGGGAAUGAUCUGUCUAGAGUCUUGGGAUGGGGUAAAGCAAAUUCUUCAGAUUUUGAUAUUGUGAAAUUGCUAAAAGAUAUACAGUCAUCCAAGAAAAUGGAGUUGGACAGGUGGAAAAUUGAAUUGACAUCUACACGUCAUUUGGGAUUAAGGAUUCCAACAAAAACAUUAUAUAUGUACAACUACAUAUCCGUGGGUGUCGAUGCUCAAGUCGCAUUAAACUUUCAUAAAACUCGGCAGAGCAUUUUCUACAUUUACGGGAGUCGAAUAUUUAACAAAUUGUUGUAUCUGUGUUUUGGAACCCAUCAAGUGGUGAAUUCGGAUUGUAAGAAUUUAGAAAAACGUCUGGACCUGUUUUUGGAUGGAAAACAAAUUGAUUUGCCAGAGUUAGAAUCAAUUGUUAUUUUGAACAUAUCAUCCUGGGGUGCCGGCGUUAACUUAUGGCGAAUGGGUUCACAAAAUGGUAAAUCUAAUCAGUCGCAUUGUGAUGGCAUUCUAGAGGUCGUGGGUAUAUAUUCGUCCUUUCACAUAGCUCAACUGCAAGUAGGUUUGUCCACGCCACUUAGAUUAGGACAAGCCAAACAUGUUGAGAUACGUAUUAAAAGUAAAGUACCUAUACAAAUAGACGGUGAACCAUUUGAACAACACCCUAGUACACUCCAAGUCACAUAUACAAAUCGUUGUUCAGUCUUAGUGAACCAAAAACGAAAUGCUUAAUUAACGUCGUCAUUUUAAAGGCAUUUAAUCGUAUUUAUUCCAGUUAAGCUUAAAAUAUGUGUAAAAUUCUAUUGGGUAUUUAUAAAGUAAUUCGAACAAUCCCGGUUUUACUUUUUGUUACAUAUUUCAAUUUUAAGAAGUUUAUUGCCUGUUAGUGUUAGAAGGUUGUUAUUUGUAAUUUUACUUUAACACCUAAUUGAAACAUUCCCAUGCAAUUUAUUUUAUAUUUCAUUAUUUCUAAGUUAAAUGUAGAAAUUGGUAAUAUAACAUAAUUUCGAUCUGUUUUGCCUUUUUAGGCUGUACUAGGAAAGUGCCAUAUUAAUUGAAUUAAUAAGUGUCAAAAUUAAGUUAAUGAAUACUUACAUAAAAUAUAUUGGAAUUGUUUAAUAGUACAUAAUUGUUUUUAAACCUACAUUAUGGUAUUAUUUUUUAUACAUGUAAAUGGAACAUAAAAUGUGGAAUUCUAGUCAUGUGAGUACUUAUUAGGUGUUUAAAAUUUCGAUUACAUGUAAUAUUUUAGUACAAAUAUUUAUUUAUAUCCAUAUAUUCUAUUUAAAUGUUUUAAUAAACGUUGUAAAAAUAA